AAACUCUCAAAUAAUUGAUAAGAACGUGUGUACAAAUACUUUGCGAUUCAAAUAAACGACCAUCCGCCGUUUAAGAGGCAAGACGGCAUUAUCACCCUUAAGCUUUUCUGGAAUGGCUCCAGCGCAGAAACACGUCCAAAUGUGUGGCGAUGAGAUUCAAUCAGGACUGAAAAUCAGUCCUCUUACAUACGACGCUGACAAAUUAAACGAAGCUCCACAGUACGAAAACAAUAAUACAGUGUUGAGGAACAGUGCUAAUGAUAAAGUGAAUAGUGAAGCAGACUUUGACAUUAAUAAAUAUGAAGCUAUAGAUUUUAAGGCAAAAAUUAGAUGGCCGGAUCUAACCGUGCAAAUACUUUUGCAUUUAGUAUCAAUUUAUGGAUUGUACCUGAUGAUUAGUAACCAAGUGAAGCUAUUAACUUUAUUGUUUGCUUUAGGCACGAUAUACACGUCUGGGUUUGGAAUCACCGCGGGCGUUCAUAGGCUGUGGUCACACCGAGCGUACAGGGCGCGAUUACCACUGCGGAUAAUCCUAGCAUUGCUGUUUACUGUUACUGGACAGCGUGAUAUAUACACAUGGGCGUUGGACCACAGAGUGCACCACAAGUAUGCGGAGACGGUGGCAGACCCUCAUGACAUCAGGCGCGGAUUUUGGUUCGCCCACGUCGGUUGGCUGGUGUUAACCCCCCAUCCAGCUGUGGAAGAUCGCCGCAUUGCACUAAAACCUACAUGUGCAGAUCUGCUCGCUGAUCCAGUAGUCAGGUUACAAAAACAAUUCUUCAUUCCAUUGUUCGCGUUGUUGAACAUCGCUAUACCUAUCUGGGUGCCAUGGUACUGCUGGAACGAGACCCUGAUAAACAGUUUCGUCAUCAGCUUCGUUAUGAGGUUCACCAUCACGCUGAACAUCGCCUUCUGCGUCAACAGCUUCGCUCAUCUUUGGGGCAAUAAACCUUAUGACAGGUUCGUGAAAUCGGUGGAGAAUAGUCUAGUAAGUUUGGCAGCUCUUGGUGAGGGUUGGCACAACUACCACCAUGUGUUUCCCUGGGACUACAGGACCUCGGAGUUGGGCAAACUGAACAUUUCCACAGGGUUUAUUGACUUCUUCGCCAAGAUUGGAUGGGCUUAUGAUUUAAAAGCUGCUACAACCGAUAUGAUAUCGAACAGGGCUAAACGAUGUGGAGACGGGACUUUUGGAGAGUCCGAAGAGCCAUACCCAACUUCAGAAAAAUGUCACGCCGAAUGAAAUACUUCCAAAAAUAUCUCGAAACUUGUGCAAAAUAUUGGAAAAAUACGUUUUAUUGGAGUAAUGUAUUAAUAUAAACCAAAAGAUAAAUAUACAAACCACGACUUUUAUAAUGUAUUUAAAAUUAUAUAAUCAUAUUUAACACACGAGUAUUUAGUACAAUUUGUGUUAACACUCUAUUGUCUAAAUGACAUACUGAUUGGGGUGAAAAAGGACCGAAAUUCAAAAUAAUGUAGUAAUUCGAAAUUUUAAUUUCACAGGACAACGUAUAACUUGUUCUUGUAGAUUUUUAGCAAUAGAAAAUAAAUCUUCGUAUUCGUAAUAAGUCAGAAAUUGCCAUAAUUAUAUUCUACAUUAUGCUUGCUGCACAGGGUGUAUUAUUAUUAUAUCAUUAAUACCUACGUUAAAUGUCAUCGUACUUAUUACAAUCUGUUAAGUACUUCCAAUCGAGAUAGUUUCAAUACUAAUUGAAUCUUAGAUUAGUAUUUAAUAAGUACUUAUUAUUAAUAAUACUUUUGUCAUUGUGACAUGAAAAUGUAUUUUGUUAAACGCUUUACUUUUGUUAAAAUCUUUACACAUUGUUCUGUCCAAAUAAUAUUAUUAAAAUCUUUAUUUGUUAUUGUUAAAUAUAAGUACAAGUGUGACUACUACAGUGUAGAUUACAUUAUUGUUUAUAAUAUUAUACUUAUAAUAAUAGACACAGUCGACACUAAUUUCUUAAAGUUUUUGUUAAAAACAAGGCGUGAGCUAAAACUUUGAGGUGUAUGUACCUGCAGCCAUGUUGUGUUACUUUGUAUCAUUUCAACUGUCAUUUUGAUAGUGGGCCAUCUUUGAUUUAGUUGACUAGUUGACACAGAUUAUUAAAAUCAUAGAUUUGCAAACUGACUUCAAAUGUAACACAGUUUGGUUAGUUCUUUGUUAAAAUUAGUCGAUAAUUUGUUUAAUACUUAUAAUUAAAGAGGAUCAGGGUGAAUAAUAUAUAUUUUUAUAACUAUGUCAUCCAUAUAGAAAACGAUAUACCUCGACAACCACUGUAUCAUUAUGUCUUUAAAAAUAAGUUUAAUCAUUUGGCACGUUUUAAUAUCUACAUAAACACUAGAUAUUUUGAAAUUAUAAAAAGAAAAUAAGUGAAUGUUUUAGGCUUGAUCUUACUUGUUAUUUGAUUCUCAAAGGAUUUUGUGAGAUGUUUUUUAGACUAGAAGUGAUAAAAAUUCAUAUAUAUUAGAUUAUUAUGUAUUAUGAAGUACCAAUAAAAGUAAUGAUAUCAAAAUUAUAUUAUAAUA